UCUUUCAUCAAAGAAACAUCCAAAUGGAAAGCGAAGUUUUGAUACUCCAACUCAACAAACAGAAAACCAUAUCAGCAAAAGAUCAUUCCUUACGUGGCCAACACAAUCAGGCAAAACACUCUCGUAUGCAAUAAAUUUAUGCAGGAAAGCAUUCCAAAAAGCAUCCUUAUAUCCCCACUGCAGAGAAAAUGUUGAUGACUUUAUGGUUUUGAUGGAUAGCUGUACAGAAGACAUCAAGAUAACAGACAGUCUAAAUUUUUUGGAUAACUUCGUUCUUGUCUACAAUGAGGCUUGCCAGAUAACCAUUGCUGGCGAUAUAAAAUAUUACGUCACUGGGAAAAAUGGUCAAUUAGUACUUCCAGAUUACGUCACUUCUGAUGUUUGUCCAAAUGAGUGUAGCAUGAAAGGAAUAUGUCAUCAAGGUCAAUGUCUGUGCAACAGUGGAUAUCAUGGACCAGAUUGCUCAGUAAAAGUUGGAUCCGUUCCUUUUAUUCAUUUUAUUUAUGGAGAGGACGACGUAGAUAGUUUAUGUGAUAUUCGUCAAGAAAACUGUCGAACUUCAUAUAUUAUAGCAGACAAUUUGAUGUACAGUCCUGACUUACAGUGUCGUGUUCAAUACUUAAAGAUGGAAAAUGGAAAACUUUUAGACGACAAAGGAAAAGGACACAUACUUGUAAAAGGAAUAUUCACAAGUUUUAAUGAAUUAGAAUGUUCUCUGCCACCAUCAGGUGUAUCAAAUGGUGCAGUUGUUGCAGGAUUUAAAAUAAGUAUUACAACAGACGGACAACAGUAUAGCAAUGAGGAAACUUUAAUCAUAUUUGACUCAUUGUGUCAAGCAUGUAAAGAAGAUGGCAAUUGCACCUUAAAGCCAAACACAUGUAAAAUAGACCAACGAUGUAGAAGGAAAGGAGAGCAGAAUUCAAAACAACAAAUAUGCAAGCCGUCUGUAACCCAACAUGGCUGGACCACAGAUCAAAGGGUAUAAGAAAUAGAUCAUUUCACUGCAAGUUUAACCGGAUGUGAGUGUGUAGACGACCCGGGAACGUUUACAUGUGCGUGUUGUCAGAAUGCAGGCUGUCCAUGCGCAUUCAAGUCGCCGCA